AUGGUUUGGAAGGAAGUGGGGCUGCAGCUGUCCUUCGUGGACUGGGAGGGGGCUCGCAACCACGCGGAGCACCGCACGGGGGAGGCGGGGGGCGCGCUGCUGGUGGUCCGGCGCGGACAGCCCUUCGCCCUCACCCUCCACUUCCGCUCCAGGGCCUACCUGCCCGGCAGGGACGCCAUGUACCUGGUGGCCGAGACAGGCCCUUCACCGGACCCGGAGAGUGGCACGCGGGCGGUCUUCCUGGUGGGCUUGGGCCAGCGAGACCCCCGCUGUGUGUGGCGUGGGGCCUUCCUGCGCAGCGUGGGCCCCCACUCCACAGAGGUGUCUGUCUCGGCCCCUGCGGAGGCCCCAGUGGGGCGCUACACACUCAAGAUCCGCCUCGAUGCCGAGGGAGGCUCCUCUUCUUACAGGCUGGGCGAGUUCGUCCUCCUCUUCAACGCCUGGUGCCCAGAGGAUGAGGUCUACCUGGGCAAUGAGGAGCAGCGGAGGGAGUUCGUCCUGGAGGAGGAGGGCAUCAUCUUCCAAGGAAACAAGAACUGGCUCGACCCUACACCUUGGCACUUUGGACAGUUCGAGGAGGGCAUCCUGGGCAUCUGCCUGAAAGUGUUGGACCGGAGCCUCAACUCCUUGAAGGACCCGGCCGAGGACGCCGCCUUCCGCCGCUCCGCCGUCUACGUCAGCCGCGUCCUCAGCGCCAUGAUCAACAGCGACGACGACGGCGGGGUGGUGCUGGGCAACUGGAGCGAGGACUACACGCAGGGCACGCGGCCCUCGGCCUGGACCGGGAGCGUGGCCAUCCUCCGCGAGUGGGCGCGCGCCGGGGGGAGGCCCGUCCGCUACGGACAGUGCUGGGUCUUCGCCGGAGUCCUCUGCACAGUGAUGCGCUGCCUGGGGGUGCCCACCCGCGUGGUGACCAACUUCGAGUCCGGCCACGAGAAGGACGGCAACCUGGUCAUCGACGUCUGCUACGACGAGAAGGGCCGCCUCAUGGAGAGCAGGGACACCGACUGCAUCUGGAACUUCCACGUGUGGAACGAGUGCUGGAUGGCGCGGAAGGACCUCCCUCCGGGCUACGGGGGCUGGCAGGUGGUGGACUCCACCCCGCAGGAGCGCAGCAAAGGUCUGUUCUGCUGCGGUCCGGCCUCGGUGCGUGCGGUGCGGGAGGGGGAGCUGUCCUUGCCCUUCGACACGCCCUUCGUCUUCUCCAUGGUCAACGCGGACCGCGUGGUGUGGAUGCUCCACGGCGCCCACCGCGAGCGCAUCCAGGUGGACACCGGCGCCGUCGGGCUCCGCAUCUGCACCAAGGCCCUCGGCUCCGACGCCGACCAGGACAUCACCGCCGCCUACAAGCCCAAGGAAGGCUCCAAGGAGGAGCGCGCUGUCUUCGAGAAGGCCGUCUGGCGGAAGCGGCACCUGGAAGACAAGAAAGAGAGAAAAGAGGAGGAGAAAAGGGAUGAAGUUGACCGUCCGGGCCGGCCUCCUCGUAGGGCACUCCACGAGCGGCGCGCAAGAAGCUUGUCCCGGGGUCCGGCGCCCCGCCCAGAGCCCCUGCCCACCCCCUCCGUCUCCAAGGCCGCAACGGCGCUGCACCUGCGCUUGGCCCAGAGCCCCCAGGUCGGGCAGGAUGUGGAGCUGAAGCUGCUGGUCAGCAACCGCGACCAAGCCUGGAAGGAGGUCACCAUCAACAUGGCCGCACAGCCGCUGCGGCACAACGGACACCCUGGACCUGCCUGCGCCCUCCAGCGCCGCCACCUCACCCUCGGCCCCGGAGAAGAGAAGGAGCUGGCGUGGCGGAUCCCCUUCGAGCACUACGGCCCCGUCCUGUCCGAAGGCCGGCAGCUGCGCAUCUCGGCGGUGGCCGAAGAAGGCUCCUCGUGGCACAAGGCCCUGGCCGAGAAGACCGUCACCGUCGCUACCUCCGCCCUCCGUGUCAAGGCGCUGUCCCCGGCUGUGCUGCACAAGUCCUUCCCGCUGCAAGUGGUCUUCUCCAACCCGCUGUCCGAGGUGGUGGGCCGCUGCCUGCUGACGGUGGAAGGGAGUGGGCUGCUCAAGGGGCAGAUGCAGAUCGAGCUGGGCUGCUUGGCGCCUCGGGCGGAGACCAGCGUGACCUUCCACCUGACGCCCUUCAAGGCCGGGCCACGGCAGGUGCACGUGAGCCUCACCGGGAGCCAGUUUGCCCCCAUCAAGGGCCGCAAGUGUGUCCAGGUGGCCUCUGCUCCGUCCACCGGGUGGAGGGUCCGCAGGGGACCGCUGCAGGUGAAGCGGUGUGACCUCCGGGUGGUGGAGAACCAUGAGGCCCACCGGACGGGCGCCUUGGGCACGGGGGGUCGCCUGGUGGUCCGCCGCGGGAAGCCCUUCACCCUCCGCCUCCGCCUCUCUGGCCCGGGGGGGUCCGAAGCACAGCGGAGGAGCCUCCUCGGGACCCCCGGCGCCGCCCUCCUGGUGGCCUGGACUGGAGCAGCAGGUGGGACCCCGGAGCACACCUUUGCAUGGGAGUUCGCCCUGGAGGCUCACAAUGACCUCGAGUGGACCGUCUCCAUGACUCCUCCAGCCGAUGCCCCCAUCGGGCUCUACGCACUGACCUUGCAGCUCCCCUCGGAGACCCUCGCCCCUCCCUCGCAGCACCCACUGGGCACCUUUGCCCUCCUCUUCAACCCCUGGAGUCCAGGCGACAGUGUCUUUCUGGGCAAUGAGGCUCAGCGGCAGGAGUAUGUCCUCAACGAGGAGGGGACCCUCUUCUGGGGGCUGGAGGAGGCCCCCCAGCGCAUCCCCUGGGACUUUGGGCAGUUUUCAGAAGGCUUCCUGGACAUGAGCCUGGCCCUGCUGGACAUCAGUUUGCUCGGGAUGCCAGCCCUAGAUGCCUGCGACCAGCUGAGGAGCCCCCUCCAGGUCUGCCGCCUGGUCAGCGCCAUGCUGAAUGGGGAGAAGCCCUAUCCAGUCCUGGAGGGAUGCUGGUCAGGGGAGUACGGAGACGGGACGCCCCCCUCCAAGUGGCCGGGCAGUGGACCCAUCCUGCGCCAGUGGCUCUCUGGACGGUGUCGGCCGGUUCGCUAUGGCCAGAGCUGGACGUUUGCGGCUGUCGUCUGCUCAGUGCUAAGGAGCCUGGGCAUCCCCACCCGCGUGGUCAGUGCCUUCGCCUGGGCCCAGGGCACAGAGGGCAGCCUGCGAGUGGACGAGUCCUUUGACGAAAGCGGGGCCCUGAUCUCCAGCAACUCGGACACCUGCGUCUGGCCCCGCCAUGCCUGGAACGAGUGCUGGAUGGCACGCGAGGAUCUGGGCCAGGAAUACAGCGGGUGGCAGGCCCUGGACGCCACACCAAAGAAGGGGCAGCAGAACGGGCUGUUGUGCUGGGGUGGCCCUGCUCCAGUGAGGGCUAUCAAGGAGGGCCGGCUGGACCUUCCCUCCGGCGUGGGCCCCUUCUUUGCGGCCAUCAACUCUACCUGUGCUGCCUGGGUCUGCAAGGCCAGUGGGGUGUCCGAGAGGGCCGCCUCCCAAGUGAAGUUCCUGGGCAACUGCAUCAGCACCAAGGCGGUGGGCAGCGAGCGCUGCGAGGACAUCACCCAGCACUACAAGUUCCCUGAAGGGUCCCUUCAGGAGAGGGCCGUCCUGCUGAAGGUCAACCAGGACACAGAGCCCCCUGCUCUCUUCCCACCACCAGAAGAGAUGGAGGAGCCUCCACUGGCCGCCUGGUUUGAGUGCGGGAGCUCCUUGGCGCUGGGGGAGGAUGCCCGGGUCUCCCUGCGUGUGGCCAACUGGACCGGGAUGGAGAGGCCGCUGCAGGUGGUGCUGGGCGCACAGCCCCUCCAGGGCAACGGGGAGCCCCUGGCCCAGUUCUGGAAGGAGGAGUUUGUGGUCACCCUACCAGAUGGCCAGGAGGAAGUGCUGAGCACCACCCUGCCUUUCGCACAAUACGGCCCAGCUCUGAGAAAGGGCAGCCUCCUGCUGAAGCUCACGGCCCUCCUGAGGGAGGCCCCCUCCGCCUCGGAUGCCAGCCAGAGCAGCCGGGCCCCUCUCUUGGCCUGGCAGGAGGUCCUCCUCCGCCCCCCAGAGGUCACCCUCCAGAUCCCCGAAAGCCUGGUGCAGUUCCAGCAGGCGGAGGCUACAAUCCACCUGCACAACCACCUGCCGGAGCCUCUCACCGGCUGCAGCAUCACUCUGUCUGGACGGGGGCUCAUCUACAAAGAGAGGCGCUACAGGACGGGCCCCAUCCCGUCCUCCCUGCGCCUCCGCUUGCCCUUCACGCCGACCCUCGCCGGGGACCAGAGGCUGACCGCCCGCCUGGACGUCCCGGGUCUCCAGCACCACCACAGCUGUGCCAGGGCUACCCGAGUCAUGGCCCCUUAGACCACCCCCCAUCAGUGUUGUGGCUGAGCUAGUUUCUGACGAUGAGGAUGAGUUUCAGCUUCCUGGCUCUUCGUCUGUGCCUCAAAUCUCUGAGCCUGCUUCCGAGGCUCUCACCGACAGUGCAGUGUCAACACAACUGUUUUCACCAGAAAGGAAUUUUAACGAAGGGAAUAGCAGCCAGGUGCCUUCCCACGAUGAUAUCGAAAGUAUAGAUAAGGAUUUGACCUGAGAAGCUCGCCUUGAUCUCCGGGUCAGGUGCAGUUCGCGUCUGGCAAGCAGAUGGGAGGCUAGCUCGGUGCGAGGUCAUCGCAAUGCUUUUAUGAUGCUGAGAGCCUAAUGUUUUGAUGUUAGAAAGGUAUUUAGGCCUCCUAGAAACGCUGUGAAACCGUCAAUUCAACGUAGCUUAUUAGCCUGAAAGCUUAAUGGAAUAACCUUAGCCUGGAAAGCAGCACGCUUGGGAUUUCUUGCAUUGUGAUUCUUGGGUCAAAUGUUUCAUUGCUUGUACCUGGGACUCUGGUUUGAACUUUGCCAAUAGGAUUAUGUCUCCUGCUUUUACCUGAAGAUCUUUGGAACUGUAUUCUGCAUUUAACCUUAAUCUCUGGGACUUUGCAAUGCUUAUUCUUUAUUUUGACUUGGAUUUUUCCCUCAAUAAACUGUAAAACUACAGCUCUUGUGUGGUGGUGUUUGGAAGCAAGGUGAAGCUUACUCUGAGUUGCAACAAUCAGGCCGCAUCCCUCCGCUCCUUUUGUAACAGCCUGAAGACCUGUUGGCUCCAAGAAGCUUUUGAGAAUGACUAGUUCU